CGCUAGCUAAUCUGCGGCUGCGGCUGCGGCUUGGCUAAGAUCUAGAGGCUGCCCAUCUACUGCAGCCAUGUCGGAGGCCGCCAGCACGCCAGGGGCAGCCACAAAGGACGCCACCACGCAGGCCCCACAGGACAGGGAAGAGUCAGAAUCCGACGAUGACUGGCUCCCCGGCCCCGGGAGCAUACACGAUCACCCCUUCGCUGUCGUCGACCCGUUUCCGUUCCUAAAGUUGGCCGCGGACGAGCGCCGCGUCGUGCUAUCGUUCUUAUUAGGCGCGAGGAGCUAUCCCCUCGGGGCGCCUGGUGCUCCCGAGCGCGUGCGCUUCUCCGCCGUGGAAGCGCUCCGUACACUGACGUUUCACGCGCGGAGCAUCAAAGCUGUCUGCAGGGACGUCGCGGCCGACGUGCGCGUGCUCGAAGGCGCGCCUCGACAGGCCCACCGGUCGGUCGCGACGCCACUAGCCUGGCUGAAGGGUUUAUGGGAUGCAGAAAUCAUCCCAGGGAUGGAGUACACCGCGAGCAGUUAUGUGCUCGAAGGCUGCCGCGAGCGAGCAGCGGUCGCGCGUCGCGGCAAUCUCGCGUUGGCUAUGUACCAGCGCCUCGGGCAGCAUCGCCGGCCCCGUAUCAUCUCCAUUAAAACGCCGGGCCAUUGGCGCAAGCGAAGGACUGACGCCGUCAAACAUUUUUUUGAGUAUCAGCGCUCGCCCCUUGGCGAGAGAGAGCACAAACAGCUCUCCUGGGCCCACACGCGAACGAGCACCUCGGGGGAGAUGCACGCGCCCGUCGAUGCGACGCUCCUCAAGUCGCUGUGUGCGACUGCUUUCGAUAGCUUCCUCGAGGGUCUCCGCAGCGCUGUGCUCAGCGGCACGAUGUGGACUCUACAUGUCGAAGGCGUCCAGGUUAUGUAUCGGGGCGGCUUCGUCGACGACGACGACGAAGAAUGGGCUGACGGAGAAUGGCUGCGCGGCGACGACGACGAUUUCGACGCGCUGGACGCGGGUCUCGCGGCAUUUUUUGGAGCUGAUGCCAUGCGAAGGCCGCCGUGGGUGCAGACCUGGUGCAAUAAAUAUGGUCGGCCAUCCGUUACACGGAUUCGCGACAUUGUCGACCUUAUCGGACGACGCCCUAGUAGUUUCAACCUCACAGACAGAAGCUCUAAGGCUCCGGCGGCGGUGAUUAACGUCUCGUUUCCUGACGACAUUCAAGCGGUGGAGCAACCUAACACUCACAAUCCGACGGGUCCGCCCGCAUUUAUGCAACUUGGACCAGAGAUCAAGGCCCACUGCCGCGCUGGCAGUCAUUCUUGGCGGGACGUGGCGUUCAAGAUCCAAACUGGAAAUUUCUGGGACCCGGGAGUGCCCAAAGGAUCAUAUUAUACUCACCAGGGCGUUGUAGAAAGGGGCAUGGGAGAAGACCCCCCCUUGGGGCCGGACCGCGCGUCUCUCUUUGUUCCCAUCGUCGAGGGCGUCUUCGACGCGAUGUGUACCUGCAGGAUCGUCGGCCUAAGUUAGUCACAUAUACUUACA